AUAAUUACAAAACAAACAGUUAUUUGUCUUUCUAAUAUGGAUUAACAAAUACCAAGAUAAGUUGAGCAAACAAAUUUUCCUGUUUUCUUUAAAUAAUGCUAAACUCAUGAAAAAAGCAAACAAUUUUUUAAUAUUUUAUCAACCAAAAUGGUUCUGAAUGACAAGCAGAAGGUGAAGUAGUAUUUUGGAGAACGUUUUCAGAAUUUAAACACCGAGAAUUUAAUAAUGGGACUGCUUUCAAUACUGCGUAAGUUACGUUCUAAUCCAGAUAAAGAGUUGAGGAUUUUAUUGCUUGGUUUGGAUAAUGCUGGUAAAACCACGAUUUUAAAAUCACUUGCUAGUGAAGAUAUAACUCAAGUGACUCCCACUCAAGGUUUCAAUAUAAAAAGUGUACAAAGUGAAGGUUUCAAAUUAAAUGUUUGGGAUAUUGGUGGUGCAAGGAAAAUAAGACCUUAUUGGAGAAAUUAUUUUGAAAAUACAGAUGUUCUUAUUUAUGUUGUCGACAGUGCUGAUAUCAAACGAUUAGAGGAAACUGGUCAGGAGCUUUCAGAGCUUUUAUUAGAAGAAAAGUUACGAGGAGUUCCUCUAUUGGUUUAUGCGAAUAAACAGGAUCUUGGACAAGCUGUAUCAGCUGCUGAAAUUGCGGAAGGAUUAGGUUUGCAUAAUAUUAAAGAUCGCGACUGGCAAAUUCAGUCUUGUAUUGCUAUAGAAGGAAAGGGGGUUAAGGAAGGACUUGAAUGGGCGUGUAAAAGCAUUAAAAAAAAGUAACGAAAUAUUAAAUAAAUUAAAUCCUAAAAUUUAAUCGAAUCGGAAUGUAACAUUGAUAGAAUUUUGUACAUUUGACACUGUAUUUGAUGUCUACCUAAUAUUUACAAAGAUCAAUAAAGUGUACAUAUAAUAUGGGUAAUACGAUAGGAAGUCCUCUUAGAUCAUUAAGAGAGAUUUCUUAUCACUAUUGCACCAGCAUUACAAAAUAAGUGCACGAAUUCUAAAUAAUCAAAUCCAUUCUGAUGAAAAUAUAAUAUCAUUUAGAAUAACAGAUUGCACUUAUUUUUUUAGUAUUGUGAAUACAGUCUGCCAAUAGUGUACGUUGUUCAAUGAGAUAAAAUAAAAUAAUAAAUUUAAAUCGUACUACUGUAAAUCAUUCAAUAAAUAUUCAUACUGAAUUACUACUUAUUUACGUUUCAGUCAAAUCAACACUUUAUAUAUUUAAACAUUUUUGACAAAAUAUUGUUUGUAUUCAUCAAGUGUUAAACAUGAUAAAAUCUUGUCAUGUUUCAUUCGUCAGCAUAAAUUGCUAUCAGAAUUAGUAAUUACUCUUACAAAUAUCUUAUCCCAUUGAUGAUACAGCAGUUUACAGCUCAUUAUGAAUAGCUUCUGUGGUUACACGGAUCUCUUCUUCAUGGAAAUCAUUACAAUUGACAGGAUAUUUACU